GAAGUUAAAAAAAAUGAUAUUGCCUUUAUUGAAAACAAAAUUCAGAAAUAUUAUGAUACCACACUUUCAACUAUUUGCUCUUAUCAAAGAAUUUUUAUGUCAUGUGAUUCAACUAACAGUUCUCGUCAAACCUCUACUCCAUCCACUCCAAAACAGUUUGUCAGGUUUAUUGAUAUUAUAACAAUACCACUAAAUGCCAAAUCACAAUAUAUUGCAACGCAAAAGAUCAAUUCAGCUGUAAAAAGCCUAGCUGAAUAUUAA